AUGGAAAAGAAAAAAUUAACUAAGCUUGGAGCUAUAAGAGGUUCUGGUGAUCAGCAUCAGACUCGUGAACCAAGAACACCGGGAUAUGAGAGAGUUAGAAUGGAAAGGAUCAAAGAAAAUGGGUCUAAAAUGAAAGAGCUAGGUUUGAAGGAUCAGGCCAAGUCAUUGAUGGCACUAGUUCAAAACAAUAGAGGCAGUCGUAGUAAGGCUAAAAUAAAAAAGGUUUCAGAGGAUAAUGAGAUUUAUCAGCCUAACCAAGAUUCUGAUAUGGAGCAUGAGCUUGUUUCCUGCGGUGAAGAGUUACCUAUUCCACAUUCUAAAUGUAAUCUCAAGUCCAAGUCUAUUCCAUGGAAGAUUCGCAAAAUGAAGGCUGUGACUCAAAAAUCAGUGAAAAUUGCUUCAGCUUUUAAGAAAUGUCGACAGAAAGUUCAUCUGGUGGCUCAUCUACCCCUAGUCAUGCAUCACAACAUCAUGUUAUAAGAAGAGAACCUGUUGAAACACUAGAAUUGGAAGUCAGACACUUAGAUCAAAAUGAGAAUGAUAAAGAAAAUGGUGGAAUGGAUAAGCCUAGAAGAGGACCAACUAUGUG